ACCUUACUGAGGAGUUUUCAGAGUUUCCAACAACCCUUCCGUAACCUCCCCUUCUGCGUGGAGUUCUGCGGAUCAAAUAAGAACUCCUGCUCAUCUCCGCGCCCAUUGCUGUGAAGGUUGUUUUACUCAGAGAGUUCGGGCCGGCAAAUUGUGCGACUGCGAUGGAACAGUCUCCAGACCUAAAUGAACUCUUCUCGAAAUUCGUUCCCACCGCUUUUAGCGUCAUCGGGAAAGCAGCAUUAGCAGCAGUACUGUAUGGACUAGAAUAUCUGGUGGAUAAAAACAGCCCAUGUCCCUGUGAUCCGAAAUGGAAUGCUACCCAUUCGGAUCUUGCUUUUUGUGUGCCCACAGUCGUCCUCCUUCUCAUCAGUAUGAUGGUGGUACCCGGUUGUCGGCGAUUGUGUAAGUGUGGAACGUGCAGUCGAUGUCCCGAGUGUAAAAGGUGCAGUGGACGUUGCAAGUGUAGAAUGGGCAGUGGAAGUCCCAGGUGUGAAGAGCGCAAUCAAUGUCCCGAGUGUGGUUCACGGUGUCAAUGUAACUCUGCAAGCUGUGGUUGCUGGAACACCUGCAGAAAAAUUUGUUAUGGAUUGAACAUACUGAUGCAAGUAUCGAUCCCAUCUAUCAUAUGGGUUGUUAUUUUACUACUGGAUGGGGACUAUUUCGCCUGUUAUUACGCCCCUUCAGUCAACCAGACGCACGGCCAUCAGAAAUGCAAAGAGUUUUGCAGCCUCGAAACUUUGUCUUCUCUGCGCGAGCAUUGCUUCACGUCCCGGAAAAUUGGCAGCAUUUUGCUGGUGUCCUCUGUGGUCUUUCUGGUAUUACUAAAAUUCACUCCGAGAUGGACUUCUUGUGACUUUACUGAGGAGGGUUAUUACGAGUUCAAGUAUCAACGAGCGGUGGAAAAGAAGAAAUUGAGCAAGAUGAAGGAACAGUUGGGGAAGAGAGCGGCAGAGACUGCAAAUACGGAGGCCAGAAAGCUAAUUUCAGAACUGAAACUGAGCAGAUCUGAUCAGGGUGAACAGGACUCUAACCAAGGUGAACAGAACUCUAACCAAGGUGAACAGAACUCUAACCAAGUUGAUCAGAACUCUAACCAAGUUGAACAGAACUCUAACCAAGGUGAACAGAACUCUAACCAAGGUGAACAGAGCUCGAACCAAGUUGAACAGAACUCUAACCAAGGUGAACAGAGCUCGAACUAAACAAGAGAUACAAAUGCUGAUGAAGCUGGCCCCAGUGAAAGUUCAGCGUAACCAACUACGGGAGCCAUGUAUUCUGUGCUGUGCGUUAAUUAUCUUUAUUAUAAUAAGCAGUCAUAUUAGUGGGGCUGUGGUAAAAGCAAAUGGAAUAAAUAUCAUACUAUUGCUUAUUUCUCUGUAUGUCGUAGCUUGGAAAUGCAGAGGUCAUAUUUUUCCAGACUGCUUAAUAUCACUUGAUAUUGCUUCAAUAUUGUACGUUUUCUAAUUGCUAAUAAAGAAUCGA